AACUCGUGAUGGUUAUGCAAUGUACUGCUGGUAGUGGCGACAGUAAAGUAAGGUAGCCCCAGAAGAGGUAUCUUAUGGUUUUAGCUAAAAUAUGUUACAUCUACAUACUUUUAUGUAGCUAAGUAAGCGUUACAAAAAAAGGAGGAACCAAACAAGAAAAGUACAUAAAAGGCAUCAUGGACCAGUCAUCAUACCGUUUGCUGCAGAUCCUGUCCUUAGCAUGUCUGGCCUGUAGGCUCACUUCUAGUUCUUUCACAAACUACGGAACAAUAAUCCCACAAUCUCCAACAGUGGAAAUUGGGAAGGAAUUCACCGCUACCUGUGUAGUCUAUGGAGCUGCUAAAGCCACAGUGGACGACAUCUACUGGACGAGUGGUGGCGUCACAGUGCCCAAAGAGCAGUACACCAAGAUAAACGACUCGGCUGUUAACGUAACCAUUCCUAUCACCAAGGAAACUGGAAAAUGGUUACUUUGUAAAAAGAAUGAAUCUCCCUCAUUCUUUAACAAAAGUACAACAAUCCAUGGGAUUCAAUUGACCAAAGGGUAUCCUCCUGAGAAGCCUGAGAAUUUGUCCUGCAUGGCUGUCCAGUCUGACCGUCAGAUUUCCUCUAAUGUGACGUGCACAUGGCAGCCUGGGAAAAUGGACGAGACGAUAAGCACAACAUUCACCUUGUUUGGAAGUGUAAUUGCCAUAAACCAGAACUACAGCACAAAAGCUCAGAGAAGCAGUGGAUGCAUCUACUUCGGUACCUUUCCAAGCUAUAUGGAACUGGAUAUAUGGGUAGACGUGGAAAACAAUUUGGGGAAGGUUCGAUCGGACAUUCUGUUCAUAACUGAUCCUAAUGAAAUGGUGAAAACGAAUCCCCCAUCAGACGUCAAUAUUAUUUCAGAGAAUAACUUUUCCAGGACUCUCUUAGUGAGCUGGAAGCACCCUAUCCAUGAAACUGUUGUCAAACUGAAAUACAACAUCAGGUUUUGCACUGUGGGUGCUGGAGACUGGACUGAGGUACCCCCAAAUGACACUGAAAGUAGCAAGGAGUCUUUCCGUCUCCAAUACCUUAAGCCAGACAUGGAGCACGUAGUGCAGGUCCGCUGUAUGCAUCACACGGGCUUCGGCUACUGGAGUGACUGGAGCACUAACACUACCGCCAGGACCCCAGAGGACAAGCCUACAAGUAAACCAGACCUAUGGAGAGUGGUCAUUCCCAGUCAAGGCAAAAGUGAGCGGCGAGUGGAAGUGAUAUGUAAGGAUCCAGUGGAGUCCAAUGGAAGGAUACGAGGCUACAACAUCAAGAUCCAAGAUGGAGCCUGGGAGGCUGUGCCGGUCAAUGGCUCUGAGCUGAACUCCAGGUCGCAGGAGAGGAAAAUUAUCCCCCUUUACCAGAUUCCACUGUCUGACAAGAGAAGAGGCUCCAUUGAAUUGAAGGCCUGGAAUUCUGUUGGCGAGUCUCCCCGAGCUUCUUUGGGCAUUCCUAAAUUGGCCCACGAGCCCCCUCCAGUGGCAUCGCUCAGUUGUUUUAACCAGGACAGGAGGCUGUGGGUGGAGUGGCAGCCGCCCAAUGGGGAGACGACAGGGGUGACUGAGUAUGUCCUGGAGUGGGUUUCGGUCAGCGAUGGCGUGAUUGACUGGCAGAGAGAACCUAGACACAACAGGAAGGCACCCAUUAAAGGUAACCUUCAGAGAUUCAAGCUCUACAAUAUAUCUGUGUAUCCCAUGUACUCUGGGUGGACUGGGAAACCAUUAACCACUGCAUCCUUUCUGGAACAAGGAGCUCCACUGGAGGGUCCCUCUGUGAAAGUGAGGAGGACAGGGAAGAGCAACGCCGAGGUGGAAUGGACGGAGAUUCCACUGGACAAACAGCGAGGCUUCAUCACAAACUACACAAUAUUCUACAUCACGGGACGCAAGGAACACUCAAUAGUUGUCUCCCCGGACACCUACUCUUACACAGUGGAGGGCCUGGCCAGCAACAGUAAGCAGGUGGUACGGAUCAUGGCCUCUACAGUACAAGGCUCUACAAAUGGAUCGAACCUGUCAUUCAAUACUCUGAUGUAUGCUCCCGGGCAGAUGGAAGCCACCGUGGUGGCUGUGUGCUUCGGCUUCCUGUUUGUCAUAGUGCUAACUGUGUCCCUCUGCAUGUACAAAAUUGACUUGAUAACAAAGAUCUGGCCACCGGUUCCAGAUCCGUCCAACAGCACUAUCGCUAACUGGUCGCCUGAUUUCCCCUCCAAAGCUGUCAGUCCCAAGGAGAGUGUGCUGGGCGAUGUGAGUGUGGUGGAGGUGGACGUAUUCGACAGGAAGUCGCUGUGCGAAGAGGAUAAGGCGGGCCUGCCUCUCAAGAAGGACAAGUACCUGUCGGAGGAGCACAGCAGCGGCAUUGGCGGCUCCUCUUGCAUGUCGACACCACGCCAGAGUGUCUCGGACAGCGAGGAAGGAGGUGACUCGGGCCAGACCACGACCAGCACCGUCCAGUACUCGUCGGUGGUGGCAUCCAACGGCUACAAGGGCCAGUCCCCCUGCACUCUCCCCCAGUCCCCCUGCGCUCUGCUCCAGACCCCCCAGUGCGGCUCCUCACAGUCCCAGACGCCCAGUUUCGCCCGCUCCGAGUCCACCCAACCCCUGCUGGACAGCGAGGAGAGCCAGGAGGGUAGUGGGCAGUCCCACCAGCGGAACCCCUACUUCAGUCGUUCACCUGGGGCUAGCGAAAGCAGAGACCCGGGGGACAGGAACCAGCUGGAGAUGGAGGAGCAGGUGUUGGCUUCGCUCCGGUUCUGCCCUCUGGAGGAGGGGUCACAGCAGACCACGCCCACAGAUGAGGGACAGUCCCCUGACGGACAGCCAGGCCCCGGUCCUAGCUACAUGCCUCAGCUGAAGGGCCACAAGCAACAGUGUUAGGAGAGGAGAACAAAUGGUGACUUUAGUUCGAAGUCAUCUCACUUUAUUCAUUUAUCCCUCCUUUGUGCCUUGGUUCAUUUCAGACAUUCAUUUAUCCCUCCUUUGUGCCUUGGUUCAUUUCAGACAUUCAUUUCAAGCUUUCAAAUGAUGGAUUACGUCGGCAUAUUAUUUUUGCACCCAUCAUGAACUUCCUACAAACAUCCUAACUUGCCUCGUUAAAUCUCUUUUUAAGUGGAUGACAGUUUGGCUCCAAGCCUUCAGCUUGUAUGUGGAGUUUUUGUUUUAACAUUCUAAGAAGCAAAUAGACCACUUUUUCAUGUUAUCAUCAUAGUGUAAUUCAUGUGAUUCUGAUUGAGACGUUAUAUCCUAUAGUUAAGACUAGACGGGCAGUGUAUAACGUCUUUUCUCUUAGCAACCACCAUCUCAAUCAGUUCACAUGACAGACAGGAGUUUAUAGACACAGGUCAGGCAUUACUAAUCAAUGAUGAACAUCUGAUUGUCAUCAUUACAACACAUAUAUGCUUUACAUGAAUGUAAUCAACAGAUCUCGUCGGUCUCAAACAACAAUGUCCCAGAGGUGCUAGGGACCAAACUGUAGAAAACAGGGUGGAGCUACAUGGACCUGUCCAAUAAGAAAUGCUCAUUUUCGCUAGUCGGCCCUAAUGACUGUGUUCCAAGGAUGGUAGUGUUCCAGUCUGGCAUUUUUUUCUUCAUACUAACUAGGACGAUGUCUAUGGACUGAAGUAAUGCCUCACAAUGAAAAGUUAACUCAAUUUAAAAGCCUCUUCAGUAGCUAGUGAGCUUUGUACUGUUUAUCAUUCGUUGUGUUAGCCUCACCUGUCGUCUGAAGAGCAUAGUCUAGAAGUGGGUGCUAAUCUCUACAAACUGGCCAAGUUGAAUUUAUAGUGCAUUUGGAAAGUACUCGGACCCCUUUUACUUUUUCAACAUUUUGCUAUGAGACUCAAAUUGAGCUCAGGUGCAUCCUGUUUCCAUUGAUCAUCC